AUGGAAUCAGAAAACAAGUGUGAAUAAUGUAAUGAAUUAUUCAAUUCUGUCGAUAAACAGCAAAUUAUUCUUCCAUGCGGUGAUUCAAUAUGCCUCAUAUGCUUUGAGAAAGCUUUAGAGCCUUAAGAGGAAAAACUUAUUUGCCCAAUUGACAAAGAAGCAUUGAUUAUUAGCAAAAAGUUUAGAGAAAAGAUUCAAAAGAUGACUAAGCAUAGAUCUGAAGAAAUAGUGUGCCAUUUAUGUGCUCACAAAGGUCAUGCUAAUCAUGCGAAAAAGCUUGAUCAUAUUGUUGCUAGUGAUGUACAGGGAUUUUGUGAGAGAGCAAUUGAAAGGCUGAAGGAAAAAAGGGGCAGGAUUACUGAUUUAAUUAAUGAGAUUGAAAUUUUCAAGCAGAAAGAGAGAAGCUACUCUGCUGAAGUAUUUAUUAAGAUUCUAAGAGAGGUUCAGGAUUCUUUACUACCUCAUUUGGGUAAGAAAGAAAGAAGAGAACUAGAGUUGAAUUACAAUGGAAAAAGAUGUUCGGCAGAUGAUUUCAGCGAAGAAUCUUUAUCCGUAUUUAAUAUAACUGAUGAACAUGAAGAACUCUUAAAAGAAUGGAUUUAUGGGGAAGAUGAAAUGGGAAGUUCAAAAUUUGAACUAUUAUAUAAAGCAACUAGAGAUACUUUUAACAGUGUCAAGAUGCAUGAACUGAUUAAUAACAAAGGACCUAUUGUAGGCAUAAUAAAAUCUCAACAUGACUAAGUGUUUGGAGGAUACUCUUCAGUAGGAUGGAAAGCAGAUGCAAUAUCAAAAUAAGAACUGGGCUCUGUAUUAUGCGGAAUCGUUUAUGCUAUGGUUCAGCUAUGA